AUCCCCCGCUUUUCUCAGAGUCCAAAGACCAACAGGAACCCGCAGUCUCUCGCCUAGCCCCUUCCGUCUCGAGGCCGCCCCGGCUUACCGGAAACCCUACGCCGAUGUCGUCACCUGCGCCCCAGGCUGCUGCGGCGGCUGCGCCGAUGGCCGUGGAUGACGCGGAGGACGACCAGCUGGCCUCGAUGUCCACGGAGGACAUCGUCCGGGCCUCCCGCCUCCUCGACAACGAGAUCCGCGUCCUCAAGGACGAGGUCCAGCGGACGAACCUGGAGCUGGAGUCGUUGAAGGACAAGAUCAAGGAGAACCAGGAGAAGAUUAAGCUCAACAAGCAGCUGCCUUACCUCGUCGGCAACAUCGUGGAGAUUUUGGAAAUGAACCCUGAGGAUGAAGCUGAGGAGGAUGGUGCUAACAUUGAUUUAGACUCACAAAGGAAAGGAAAAUGUGUUGUUUUAAAAACCUCCACGAGACAAACUAUAUUCCUCCCUGUGGUUGGGCUAGUUGACCCUGACACGCUCAAGCCUGGUGACUUGGUUGGAGUCAACAAAGAUAGCUACCUGAUACUAGAUACACUGCCUUCAGAGUAUGAUUCAAGAGUAAAAGCAAUGGAGGUGGAUGAAAAACCCACAGAGGACUAUAAUGAUGUUGGGGGUCUUGAAAAGCAGAUUCAAGAGCUUGUAGAGGCAAUAGUUCUGCCCAUGACACACAAAGACCGGUUCCAAAAGUUGGGUAUCCGUCCUCCCAAGGGGGUUCUUUUAUAUGGACCACCUGGAACUGGGAAGACACUGAUGGCUCGUGCAUGUGCUGCACAGACUAAUGCAACGUUCCUGAAAUUAGCUGGCCCACAGCUCGUACAGAUGUUCAUCGGAGAUGGGGCAAAACUUGUACGCGAUGCUUUCCAGCUGGCUAAAGAAAAAGCUCCUUGCAUCAUUUUCAUUGAUGAAAUCGAUGCGAUUGGUACCAAGAGAUUUGAUAGUGAAGUUAGUGGUGACAGAGAAGUUCAACGGACUAUGUUGGAAUUGCUGAAUCAACUGGAUGGAUUUAGCAGCGACGAGAGAAUAAAGGUCAUUGCUGCAACGAACCGUGCUGACAUUCUUGAUCCUGCUCUGAUGCGAUCGGGUCGUUUGGACCGGAAAAUCGAAUUUCCUCAUCCAUCUGAAGAAGCAAGAGCUAGAAUCUUGCAAAUUCAUUCAAGAAAAAUGAAUGUAAACCCAGAUGUGAAUUUUGAAGAGUUGGCUCGCUCUACAGAUGAUUUCAAUGGAGCGCAGCUGAAGGCUGUUUGUGUAGAAGCUGGUAUGCUUGCACUACGGCGAGAUGCCACGGAGGUAACUCAUGAGGAUUUCAACGAGGGGAUAAUACAAGUCCAGGCCAAGAAGAAGUCGAGCCUGAACUACUAUGCUUAAACGUUUGAAAUUUUGUGGACUCAUCUAGUUGUUUGUACUUUGUAACCCUGCUUUUGGGUAAUUUGAGGCGCAGUCUUACGUUUUCCUUGAGAUGUAAGUUCAUUUCCAGGUCUUUACAUCGGCCUCUUAUUUGAUGGUAAAAAGAAAGGAUGCGACGGUUUGCUCAA